AAGUGAAAGUUAGUUACCAUCGAGUUCUUCAACACCGUUCACGCAGUGUAAACGCAACAAUCGAAACCAAAGAAUGAAUAACUGUAUUGAAAAUGAAUCAGCAUUUCAAUAUUUUUAAAUUAUUUAUAAUAAUUAGUGGAAUAUUUAUAAUAAACACAAAAGGUCUGCAAAGAUGUUUGAUGUGUAGAUCUAGAGGUGAAUUAGGUAGUUGUAAAGAUCCUUUUACAGCUAAUAUAACACUAGUGGAAAAUAAACUAGAAAUCGGUAUUGAAACUGUACCUUGCGCGUCUGGAUGGUGCGGAAAAAUUGUUGAAAGUGAAGAUGCAGCGAAAGAAGAAUACGGUAUAGCAACACAACGAAUUUGUCUACAAAGAGGCCCGUCCGAUAGUGAAGAUAGAUGCGCUUAUACGAAGUGGAAUUAUAAGAGAGUGUUUAUGUGUUUUUGUAAAGGUGAUUUAUGUAAUUUUUCUAAUAAAUUACAAUUAAAUUUUAAUUUAAUAACAAUUAUAAUAGUUACUAGUGUAUUAAGACUGAUUUAA